CACCGACCGAACAUCAAGAAAAGGUGGUCGCCCUUUCAUAACCUCUUUGACAGCGUACAAUCUAACAUUUCCGGUGCUGAAAUAAAUUUUGUAUUAAACAACGUUAAUCUUGAAAAAAACAGUAUGGCUUCGUCAAGAGGACAAAUGCGGAGAAUUCCAGAUCUGGAGUCGCGCAUCGAUUACGUACAAUGUGACGGUUUGGCGGCAAUGAAAAUAGUGAAACAUUGCCAUGAAGAAUCUACGAGUAACAUGGAGGUUGCACAGGGCGCACUUCUGGGUCUCGUUGUUCAGAGUCGACUUGAGAUCACCAACUGUUUUCCUUUCCCUAAAAAUGAUGAAUUGAUGGAAGAAGAGGAAUAUCAGUUGGCUGUUAUGCGCCGUCUUCGCAGAGUCAACGUCGACCAUUUCCAUGUAGGAUGGUACCAAAGUGCAGAUGUGGGAAAUUUCCUGAGUUUCUCUCUUCUUGAAUCGCAGUAUCACUACCAGACAUCAAUAGAAGAGUCUGUUGUAGUGAUUUAUGACACUGCCAAAUCGGCAAGAGGAUUUUUAACACUGAAGGCGUACCGUUUAACCCCUCAGGCGAUUCAAAUGUACAAGGAGGGAGAAUAUACUCCAGAGGUAUUGAGAAAUCUCAAGAUCGGAUAUGAAAGUCUUUUUGUUGAGAUUCCGAUUGUUAUAAGAAACAGCAAUUUGACGAACAUCAUGAUGUCCGAAUUGGGUGACAUGAUUCCUGAGGAAGAAGGCACGAAAUAUCUUGACUUGGGAACUGCAAGUGUACUCGAGAAUCAACUGAGAUGCUUGAUGGAUCGUGUGGACGAAUUGAAUCAAGAAGCCAUCAAGUUCAAUCGUUAUCAACAUCUCGUUGUUCGUCAACAACAAGACAAAAACAGACUUUUGCAGAAACGAGCCCAGGAGAAUGCCGCUAGGGCAGCAAAAGAUGAACCACCUUUACCCGAUGAUGACAUCAAUAAACUUAUGCGUCCUCUUCCUGUACCACCCAGGCUUAACCCAAUGAUCGUUGCUGGACAAAUAAACACUUACAGCCAACAUAUAUCACAAUUCUGUGCUCAGAGCUUAGCCAAAUUGUACAUCACGCAAAGUCUCCAGAGUGCCAAGGAAACCAAGUCUACUAACUGAAUAAAAACUUGAAUUCAUCGAUUUUUCUACACAGUGUAAUUGUGAAACAAUGGUGAAACAAAUACAGAACGAAUAAAUAAGAUACGGAACAAUA